GCAAAAUGAGGAACCCCACAGCGGCUCGAUAAAGAGGGCGCUCAGGCAUAAACCGCUCAAACAUGGCGUCGGUAGCGGCUGCAAAAGUGCAGGAAGUGCGGGAAAUCACCAGAAUCGAGCGGGUUGGAGCUCAUUCUCACAUCAGGGGUCUGGGCCUUGAUGACUCUCUUGAACCAAGACAGGUAUCACAGGGUAUGGUAGGGCAAACGGUCGCCAGAAGGGCAGCAGGAAUUAUACUCGAAAUGAUCAAAGAAGGUAAAAUUGCCGGCAGGGCAGUCCUCAUCGCCGGUCAGCCCGGGACUGGCAAAACAGCCAUUGCAAUGGGAAUGGCGCAAGCCCUUGGACAAGACACACCAUUCACGGCAAUUUCGGGGAGCGAAAUAUUUUCGUUGGAGAUGUCGAAGACAGAAGCUCUGAUGCAGGCAUUCAGAAAAUCCAUCGGGGUUAGGAUAAAGGAAGAAACAGAAAUAAUCGAAGGAGAAGUUGUGGAGAUACAGAUUGAUAGGCCAGCUACUGGAACGGGUGCCAAAGUUGGAAAACUUACUCUGAAAACGACGGAGAUGGAGACGAUAUACGACCUCGGGCAGAAGAUGAUAGAGUCGUUGACGAAAGAAAAAGUGCAAGCUGGAGACAUCAUCACAAUAGACAAGGCCACUGGAAAGAUAACGAAACUGGGUCGAUCGUUCACGAGAGCACGCGACUACGAUGCCAUGGGUCCCCAGACAAAAUUUGUCCAGUGUCCAGAAGGGGAGCUUCAGAAACGGAAAGAAGUCGUUCACACGGUUACGCUGCAUGAAAUAGACGUCAUCAAUAGUCGGACUCACGGAUUUUUAGCCCUAUUUUCGGGUGAUACUGGUGAAAUCAAGGCAGAAGUCCGUGAACAGAUCAAUGCCAAAGUGGCCGAGUGGAGAGAAGAAGGGAAGGCGGACAUUGUGCCGGGUGUUCUCUUUGUCGACGAGGUCCACAUGCUGGACAUCGAGUGUUUUUCCUUCCUCAAUCGUGCCAUGGAGAGCGACCUCGCACCCGUUCUCGUCAUGGCGACCAACCGGGGCCUCACUCGCAUCCGCGGCACAAACUACCGCAGCCCUCACGGCAUUCCCAUCGACCUGCUCGACCGUCUCGUCAUCAUCAGCACCCAGCCUUACGAAGAGAGGGAAAUCAAGCAAAUUCUCAAAAUCAGGUGUGAAGAAGAAGACGUAGAAAUGAGCGACGAUGCCCUCACAGUGCUGACGAGGAUUGGCAUGGAGACGACACUCCGCUACGCUAUUCAACUCAUCACUGCCGCACAUCUCGUAUGCAAGAAGAGGAAGGGAACCGAGGUGUCUAUACAAGACGUCAAGCGAGUAUACCAGUUGUUCCUUGACGAGUCACGGUCGUCGCAGUUCCUCAAAGAGUACCAGCAAGAGUUCAUGUUCAAUGAAAUGAGUGCCGACAUGGACGUGGACCCAGCGUAAAGCAGACUGUGUAGCUCUUUUGUUUCAUCUGUUUACCCAUACAUCACUGUUUCCCCGAAGCGUGACGUCAUUAAAACCUUUGCUAAGAAUGUAUCGCCUACUUGACAACACACAGACCUCUCCCUUCAAAAAAGUUAUCCCAUCAGGCUUAUUGUAAUAUUUUCCUGGGCGUGAAAGAGUUCACAUAUUCUUUCCUUGGAACAUUGUGCUUUUAUGUGCUGGAGAAACAGGCUCUGUGUAGUCCGCUAGAGAAGCAUUUAAGAAUUGUCCAUCAAUAGUCACUUGCAAGUUGGUCGGAGGAAAGAAACCAGUAUGGUGUGCCAUGUAAAAAAGGAACGCAACAAACAACAUCGUGAAAGAUUUUUCCAGAAUAUGCAUUCAUUGUUGUAGAAUAAGAAAGCAUAAUGGCUAAAAAUUUGGCUACUAUGGUAUACUUCUGAUGAUCGCAAUUAAGAUCCCACGCCAGUUGCACAGCUGCUGGGUGACACUUUUUUUUUUUUUUAGUUACGAGGUGGUUAUGAACAAUAUGCUCUGAGGAACGACUAGUAUGUCACUUUUAACUGAGGCUGAGGCAGCACAAAAUUACGGAGACACCUUUUAGCUCUGUUUUACAGGGUCCCGCAUUCGGAUGUUGCAAAUCCUUGGAAGAAAUUAUUGCAUGAUUGAUAAUAUUGUGUUCUGUUAACUGUUCUGUGGCAGCAGUUUUAAUGCAUCUUUUGUUAGUUUUCAGUUAGCGUUAAGUUAGUCUAGUUUAGUUUUAGUUAACAAUGAGGCAUAAUGUUACAUGAUCAAUUACAUUGCUGGGAAAGGGGUCUAUUUUUAUAAAAAUUAAAUUUCUUGACUUUUAACAUUGAUGGGUAGAGUACGCUGAUCUUGUGUGCAACGACACUUGAAGUGCUAAGGUACUUCCCGUUCUUAUGGGCUGCUUCAGGUAAUGCUUCAGUAUUCAAAUUCCUAAAGUGGAAUGUACCCUGACAUACCUGCUCCAGUACAUUAGUGAGACAAAACAAAUUUGCCUCUAUUAGGGCUCCAUAUCUCCCCAGCUGCCAUAAAAAAAAACCCUGAAAAUCAGUUACACUAGACCUGCAAAUGACUAUAAAUGCUUUCCUGUUUCUGCCAGCCUGCAAUGAAAUGCAAUGAAACACACUAUGCUGCUAACACUUUCAUGCAAACCCCUUGUCUUCCAGACUGUGUACAGCAUUAGGGUAAACACUGUAGCAAAUAUUUGGAGCAUUGGCAUUAAUGUAUGCUACACCUUGCUCACUAACAUGCAUAUCUUAAUUUUUCACUUUCUUUGAGAGCUGUAAGUAAGACGAACCAUUCUAAUGAUUUGUCUCCUGUCAAGCCUGGCAGCAUUUUGCUUGUUUUUGCUUGUAAAUACAUAAAACUUUAAUGGCUCCACUUUGAGAGCUUGCGGAAGUACAAUGUAUAUGUGUACCGCAUUCUUUGUGGCCAAUGUGAUACAAACUUUUCAACCUUUCCUGCAGGAAGAAAUUAGCACCCACACGUUUUAGCUGGAGCUCUACAAGGUCACGCAAAGUUCUUGUUCAUUGCCAACCCACGGCACGCCUUGUCAAAAUGACGAGUUAUUAUUCGAGUUUUAGAAAUGGGCCUAUAUCCUGGAAAGAAUGUCGCUUAGAACGCGAGGAUCUUUAACUGUCCCGACAAUCUUUAGAGAAAACUGACGCACUGCAUGUCAGAAAAGCCUGCUGUUAGUUCACUGCAGGUAACCAAAAUACUGUUAGAGAAAACAUUGUGCACAAACGGUAUCCCCCCCCCCCCCCCUGCUGUGCAGGGUUUGCCUACAUUUUCUGUCAACAAUAGUUGGAGCAGCAAAAAAUGAACGUACAUCAAAGUUAGAGUUCCGUCCUUGGGUGUCACAUGCAUUUCUGUUGUAAGAUGUUGGCAGUUCUUAAAACUAUGAUGUGGUCAUACAGCGAAACAUUUUGGUGUGAAUUUUAGUGGAUAGCCUCAUGAAUGUGAACCUAACAAGAACUCCCAGCCGAAUGUACCGUCAAAGUUGCCCUCGUAGCGUUCCUGCGAAAGGAUAGAAAAGCGUGUAUCAUCCAUGUUGCCAGGAGUUAAGCAUGCACAUGGUGGACACGAAACAGAUGGCAAAUAUUUUUUCGACAAGACAACGAACUGCCAUGUGGGUGUGCAACUAGUUUGCCAUUGUGUCAAUUAUGUACUUUUGGUUGCUAUAUAAAGUAAUAAAGUACACCACUGUCCCUCAUUA